AUGAGUGCAUCGCGCCCACUCCGCUCUUUCUUCAGCCCAUCUCUUCGCAGCUCGUCCAAGAUAUAUCAGGAUCUCCGGUCCGUGCGCUUGUCAAGCCUGCCCUUGUUCGAUCGCGACCAUCUCUUCCGUAGGAUGGCGAGUACGGAUGCACCGGCCCAGCGUAGGACGCAAGACGCGGCCGCGAAACCCCACAUCGGUGUCAUUGGAGCCGGGCUCGCAGGGCUCCGUUGCGCAGACAUCUUGUUGCAAUGCGGGUUUGAAGUCACCGUUGUUGAAGGUCGAGACCGGGUCGGCGGUCGGCUGCAUCAGCAGCUUCUGCCCAACGGCCACUUCGUGGAUCUCGGCCCAAACUGGAUCCACGGCACUCAGGACAAUCCCAUACUGGACUUGGUCAAGCAGACCGGGACGGCGGUGGGUAGCUGGGACACAAGAUCGUAUGUGUUUGACGAGUCUGGAAGUCUCUUUCAUGUCGACGAGGGAGAAGAGUACUCCACCAUGAUGUGGGACAUCAUCCAAGAGGCGUUCAAACACUCCAACAAGUCCUGUGCCAGCAUCGGCAGUAACGAGAGCCUCGCGGAUUUCUUCCAGGCAAAAAUCGCCGAAAAGAUACCCGACACGGAGAGUGACUUUUCCAGGAAAAGAGCCGUGCUGUGGCAAAUGUCGAGGAUGUGGGGGGCCUUUGUUGGCAGCCCCAUAGCACGACAGAGCCUCAAGUACUUCUGGCUCGAGGAAUGCAUCGAGGGCGAAAACUUGUUUUGCGCCGGCACGUACAAGAAAGUUCUUGAGCUCGUCGCCCAGCCUGCUCUCGCCGAUGCGAAGAUCCUGUUCAACUCCAAGGUGACCAGAGUAUCCCGCCGAGACGGAGACCAAGACCGAGUCAUCGUUGAAAUCGAGAGUGGGCGAGCCCUGCAUUUCGACGAGGUUGUCGUGACGUGUCCCCUCGGAUGGCUGCAGAAGAAUCUAUCCGCGUUUGAGCCGCCGCUGCCUCCUCGCCUUGCUCGAGCGGUGACUUCAAUCGGCUAUGGCUGCCUAGAGAAGGUAUACAUAAGUUUCCCCCGGGCCUUCUGGCUGUCCCAAGGGGAUGACGACCGCAAGGUCCAGGGUUUCGUGCAGUGGCUGUCGCCCAACUACGCGCCGGACUCGAAUCCUAAUCGAUGGAACCAAGAAGUGGUGGAGCUGGCUAGCCUCACUGCCGAGACUUCUCAUCCGACCCUGCUCUUUUACAUGUUUGGCGACCAGUCACGGCUUCUGACUGCUCAGGCCGCUCAAAUCGCGGAGCCUUCUAAGAGGGACCAGUUUCUGUGCGACUUUUUCAAGCCCUACUACUCCCGACUGCCGCAUUACUCGGAGACUUCCCAAGACUGCGUGCCAACGGCCUGCCUCGCCACCGACUGGGUCCAUGACGAGCUGGCUGGUUGUGGCUCGUAUAGCAACUUCCAGGUGGGACUUGAAGAGGGCGACGUUGACAUCACGACGAUGCGAGAGGGGCUCCCAGAUCAGGGCCUGUGGCUGGCAGGCGAGCACACAGCGCCCUUUGUCGCCUUGGGUACAGCCACCGGUGCCUAUUGGAGCGGCGAGUCGGUCGGUCGGAGGAUUGCAGCAGUAUACGGGCGCUCCACCCAGGACCCAAAGGCGUAG